AUGCUGACCAAGCUCAAGCUCAAGGUCCGCCUUUUCACAGCCCGUUUCCUCGCCAGCAAGAGCCAGACGCAGACGCAGACUGCUGCGUCGGUCAAGCCAUCGCCUCUUGCGCAGAGGAUUCCUCCUGAAUCAUGGGACAGCCACAUGCAUGUCGUUGACCCUCAGCGCUAUCCCAUGGCCCCGGGUGCGUUGUAUACGCCCCGUCCGCACACGCUGGCCCACGCGCAGACCUUUGAGGCGUCUGUCGGCAUGCGCAAUGUCGUCCUGGUCCAGCCGUCCAUCUACGCUUUCGACAAUUCGUGUCUGCUCGACGCGCUGAAAGAGAUGGGCCCGUCGCGGGCGCGCGGAGUGGUCGUCAUCGAUCCGGACUCAAUCCAGCCCGAGACCCUGGCCCAGUGGCAUGCGUUGGGCGUUCGCGGCGUUCGCGUGAACCUGAAAUCGGUAGGCAAGGUCAUGACGGGCGACGAACUGGCCGAGACGCUGGCAAAGCACGCCCAGGUCAUCCGCCCGCUCGGCUGGGCGCUGCAGGUGUACGUCCCCCUCGACAUGAUGCCCGCGCUGGAGCGGUGUGUGCCGCAGCUGGGGGUCAAAGUCUGCGUCGACCACUAUGGAUCGCCGGAUCUCUCUGCCGUCAAGGCCGACUCGUUCGACCCGUACGCCCUGCCGGGGUUCGCCUCGCUCGUCGCCCUUCUUCGCGCGGGACAGACGUAUGUCAAGCUGUCAGCGCCGUAUCGGCUGUCUCCGGAUCCGCAGAUGCGCGUCAUUCGCGUUUUGACGCAAGAGCUGCUGCGAGUGGCGCGGGACCGGGUGGUAUUACAGCAUAAUAUCAUCUAUGAUACCCACGAAGUGCUCUCGAUGUUAAGACUGCGUGUAAGAUGCAAUGUAAAACACCGCGUCAUUCAGCGUGAUCCACCUGAAGUCAGAAUCAAGAAAUAUUCCAUCAUCCUAGCAUUCACAAAUUCUUUAUCUAGCUCCAACCACGAGUCGACGAAUACUUGGCCAACUUCCAAUCCGGCUGUUCAUACCUACCUACGCACUUACCUAGUAAAUAAUCUUAGUCCAAUGAAGUUCCCAGCAGGUGAUCCUUUUUCCUUAGACUUCUUUUGA